GUUAAUGGUUGGGCUACUAUGUCUGAUCAGUGCUAUCACAAUUCCCCUUCCACAGAAACUGGAAUGGUACGGUCCAAGCAGUGGUUUCCACUGAGGCUUCGAAGGGGAAAGUAUUUCUUUAAAAAAAACUGCGCAGGGAUGUACUGAGCACUAGUGCGAGAUGCUGAACUGGCCUUGGUGAAUAAUGAAAGAACGUUCAAUGGAAUGCCAGGUUUUGGGGGAUUAUAUACACUGAUCUGAAACUUACUUCCUUGAAAUUUACCAGCAAUUUCGUCUUUGACGACACACUACAAACGGGCGUGAACAGCGUAUGUGCGUUUAACUGAAUGAAAGUCUUUAUCAGCGAUUGCCGGAAAAUUCUCAGUUUUAACAAGGAAAGGAUCAACUUUGGACGAGGUAAUUUUAGACUGGCGUGUUAAGGUUUUAUGAAUUUUAACAUCCGAAUGCAUGUUUUUUGGGGGGCUGCAAUAGUUGGGUAGCCUAAUGUCUUGGAACUUCGCCAACACCUCAAACUUGGAAGCAGACCUGUUUUUGUCUGUGGUUCAAUGUAGUCCAGUCACACAUUCAAACUCUUCAGAACUGAGCCCACAAAACAGACUAGAAUAAAUAGACCUGAAGACAUUUAUUGUCGUUCCUUACUCUGGUAGAACUGUGGAAAAGAAUUAAACAUGCGCGUUUUGAAUCUGACGCUUAAAAGAAAAGUUCAAGGAAAUCAGCCCAAUCCGUGCCCAUGGAGUAUAUCUGCAAUGGUUGUCUUUUUCUCUGUUAUCGGAUUCGCUCCGUCCUCCGCCUGCCCCAGCAAAUGCGUGUGCUUCAAUACAACAGUAAAAUGCGUAAACCAGGACCUCACAGCAAUCCCACAACCCCUACCAGAAGACACCAAGAUAUUGUUUGUAACCGGCAAUAACAUCCAGAGUCUCACCUCAAAUUCUUUCCCUACGCCCCUCAAACAACUUACCAAUGUGCAUUUGACUGGAAACCGUAUAGAGGAGAUAGAACCCCGGGUAUUUCAUAAUAUCCCUAAUUUAAAUCUGCUUGACCUCAGCAACAACAGGAUACAAGAAUUCAGUGCAGACGCGUUAGCCGCCGAUAACUCAUUGGUCACGCUAAAUCUGAGCAGAUCUCUAUACAAUUACUCCUACACCGGUGAAUUAUCUCGUCUAUUCAACAGCAGCACACCGAAGCUUUCCAAGCUGGAUUUGUCAAAUAACGAUAUGGUUUUGCUCCCAGACGGCAUGUUCUCUGGUCUGUUGGACAUAACUUUUUUGGAUCUGCGCAACAAUUCCAUCGUGUUCGUAAGCAGCGGGACAUUGAGGAACCCCGUCUUAAGUCUAUUGGACCUGCGGGACAAUGCUUUGAAGGAGCUAUCGAAUGGAACAAUAGCCGACUUCUGCAUGAACCCCGACCUACAGAUCAGGAUGACCGGCAACCCGUGGUUAUGUGAUUGCAAUAUCGUGGACAUGCAGGAGUGGUUGAGGAAAAGCGAUCAGGUGAUGAAUAAGGAAAACAUCACCUGUAAUCGCCCGGAAUACUUGAGGGGGGGUUCACUGCUACAGGUUGAGCCCUCGGAUCUCAAGUGUAAUUACAACGGAGACCUGGAGGGGGUGCUGGAGACGUCUUAUGUCUUUCUGGGCAUGGUACUGGCACUAAUCGGGGUCAUCUUCCUGCUGGUGCUCUACCUGAACAGAAAGGGCAUCAAACGGUGGAUAUACAACAUCCGGGACGCCUGCAGGGAUCACAUGGAGGGUUACCACUACAGGUAUGAGAUCAACUCAGACCCCCGGAUGGCCAAUCUCAGCCUCAACUCGGAUGUGUAAAGCCAGGGCCAGUGAGCUCCUAGCCCACACAUGCAUCUGCAUGACUGCCCCCCCCCCCCCCCCCCCC